CGCAUGGAUCUGUAUUACAACAUCCUGUCACCGCCAUCGCGUGCCAUACUGUUGCUCGGUGAGGCACUGCAGCUAAAGUUCAACCUGAUCAGUCUGGACGUGCACCGGAAGGAUUAUGUGAACCCGGCGUUCAAGAAGAUCAACCCACAGCACACGGUACCGACGCUGGUCGUCGAUGGUGUGGCCAUCUGCGAGCCAGGCGCCAUUCUGAUCUACCUGGCAGAGCAGUACGCACCGGCCGGAACCACCUACUAUCCGCCCGAUCCGCUGCGUCGGGCCAUCGUCAACCAGCGAUUGCUGUUCGAGUGCGGCACACUGUACAAGUGUAUCUUUGUGUACUACAGCCCGGUCGUGCUGGAACGGGCCACACCGGUAGAGACCGAUCGCCAAAAGCUGAUCGAAGCGGUUGCCGUGCUGGAUGGCAUUCUGCAGCACAGUGCCUUCGUGGCCGGGGAUUGUCUUACUGUGGCGGACUAUUCGCUCGUGUGCACCGUUUCCAUGCUGGUGGUGCUGAAGUUUGAGCUCUCGCCAUAUGCCGCUGUUCGGCGGUGGUACGAGCGGUGCAAGGAAGUGAUUGCGGGUUACACCGACCUGACACAGCGUGCCGUUACAAUGUUCCAAAAAUGGAUGGAGCAGGAAAACAGCAAAGGCUAA